AAAUGCAAUUUCCAAUUAGUUUUAUUUCUCUCUCUCUCUCUUAUUUUCCCACUCGCACAAAAUUUUAGCGCAAAUCUUAUUUUUGGUGCAUUUUAAAAAUUUGCAGUGAAAGACGUCAAUAGAAAUUUAAAUUGGUUUUAAUAUAUUUUAAUUCGCCAAACAUAUUUUCUGGUUCUAAACAAGUUUCCAUUUCACGAAAAUAGACUAAGAGUAAAGAGUUCCUAGCGAUUAGGAAAAGUAUUGACAGUUGUUUCGGAGAUACAAUUGACUACUUCGGGUUAUUUACAAUCACAAUCUGCCUCAAAACACAUUUAAUUUAUAUAUGUAUAUCUUGAAGUUUUCUAAAUAGUAAAUUUCGGUUAUAAGUGCAUUUUUUAUUGUCUAUAAAACAAAGAGUAAAAGGCAGGUCUCCAAUUUGCGUCUAUAUAUGCAGUAAUAAUGUCGAGAAAUGUGUUGGAUAGCGGUGGUUGUGGAGACGGAAGUGAAGGAGUACCCGGAGACUAUAAGGACAUUUACGAAUUAUUGGCAGAAUUAUGCAAAAAUUUGGCAGGACCAUCUGAAAAUCAUAGAGAAAUUUUACGUCACGUAACACAGUACAUAUCCAACUGUCCGACUGCUUUGGGUUCAACAUUGCCGUUCGACGAAACCUCAAUUCUAACAAAAAUCACACAUCAUCUUGACUCCUCUGCUGGGAAAAGUGUUCCUUCGAAUUUAUGUCCUGCUGGAUCACAAUUCGGUGCAACGGGAAGUGAUAGUGCAAAUUCUGCAGGAGAAACAAGCAGUGUUGUAAACAAUAGUGCGUUAUUUUUAAAAUUUCAUGAGCAACUCAAAGCAGCACUUCCUGAUGAUCAUCAACGUACCGCAUUGCUAACUUUUCUAUAUUUUAUGUCUGACUCCAAACAUUCAACUGAUAAUGGGCACAAUAUUGGAAAUGUUAACAGUCACCGCAGUCAUUUAAUGGCUUCGACUAAUUCCGCGUUCCAAUCAAUCCGAUCACAUUUGUUGCACAAAACUUCCAGUCAGCAGCAACCUCAGCAUUCCUUACUUACUGUUAACAAUAGAGCCAGAAAUGAAGAAAGCGUAAAACCAAUGGUAUCUGGUCGUAGUGCCUUUAGUCGUAUGACACCCGAAAAUGAUCCAACGGGUGGAAAUUGUGGUGUUAUUCAUGGAGUAAACUUUCCAUCUUUACGUGUUGAUGGUAGUAAAUCACUCGUCCUACAAAAUAAUGUAAACGACGACAUAGUACAAAAUGUUAUAUACGUAUUUACGGGUAUUCAGGGAAAAUACCUCAAAAAGGAUGUAAUAUCAGGCCGUUUUAAAUUAGAUUCCAAGGUGAAAUCUUUAAACGUAGUUCAAGCGGGAAUGCUUUUGAGGCUUUCUGAAUUGGGAUACUACCAUGACUUGGUUCAGUCAUAUACAGAUAGCAAAAGCGGCUUAUGCCCUUUGGGUCUUAUGGGCCAAGGGUUUGUGUCCGCUUUAAAAAACGAACUUACUAGAUAUUAUGGCAUGGUUGCAACACUUCAAGAGCAGUUAAACAGGCAGAGAGAUCAUGAACAUAAUACUAUUUUAAGAGGCAACAGCAUUAUACCAAUGCGUCACGAACGACUAACUUUGAUGAAAAUUCUAGUGUGGUCGGUUGACGCACUUAAGAGGUUGCAAUGGCUGGCAACCAUAGCCGAGGCAUGUCAGGAGAAGAAAGGGGGUGCUCUCGCUUCAACGGUACAUAGUUUUUUGAAUAACGGAAAUCCCACUGUAAAGUCUUUAGUUCGUGAACUUUUGAUUGCGAUUUGUGGUCCACUUUAUCAAAUGCUCUCGCAUUGGCUUUUGGAAGGAGAAAUCUGCGAUCCACAUGGAGAGUUCUUCAUUGAAUGCUUGGCAGAAGUUGGACCUGAUCGCUUGUGGCAUGAUAAAUAUAGAGUACGCACAGCUAUGCUACCAAAUUUUAUGUCAACUGAAAUGGCACACAAAAUUUUGGUAACAGGAAAGAGCAUCAAUUUCUUGUGUGAAAUAUGUGAAGAUAAGAGACCAGUUAAAGGGCGCGAUGAAUUACGUCUAUGUAUUGAAGAAAAUGCGGACCACAUAUUUUCACGAGUAGCCGAUACGAAAUUGCAUUCAACCAUCGAUGCUAUUUACUUGAAUACUUCAAAGCGUGUGCUAGAUAUUGUCAUGGGUCCACAUAAGCUUCUGGAACAUCUUCAGGCAAUGCGUCGUUAUCUUCUACUUGGACAAGGAGACUUUAUUGGAAUCCUUAUGGAAAAUUUGAAAUGCGAGUUAGAUAAACCAGCAAAGGAACUUUACUCUUAUGAUCUUUCAUCGAUAAUGGAUGCCGCCAUACGAUCAACAAAUGCACAAUAUGACGAUCCAGAAAUUCUUAAUCAUUUAGAUGUGCGGUUGCUAACUCCCUGCGACGGCGAUAUUGGUUGGGAUAUACUAUCGUUACAAUAUACCGUACGUGGACCUUUAGCUACAAUGCUCGAACCGUGUAUGGGCAUUUAUCAAAUUCUUUUCAAACCUCUAUGGCGUAUGAAACACAUGGAAUUCGUACUAUCCUCUAAAAUUUGGAAGGAUCAAAAGUGCAACGCCAAGCCACUCCGAGCUGUGGGCAGUGAACUGAAUCAGGUGCUCUAUCGCUUGCAUCUCCUCACAUCCGAAAUGAUACAUUUCAUCCAUCAGAUGCAGUAUUACAUACUCUUCGAAGUAAUCGAAUGUUCUUGGGCUGAACUGCAGGAUCGUGUACAAAGUGCAAAGGCAUUAGAUGACAUCCUUGAUGCUCAUGACGAAUUUCUGAAUGCCAUUAAAUGUGGCGCUUUCCUUGACUCUAAUUCGGGACAGUUGUGCCAGAAUAUGGAAAAUGUGUACGAUGGUAUAAUACGGUUGGAGUUGUGGCAGAACAAAUUCUACGAAAUCUGCUUCAAAGAGUUAUCAGCUCGCAAAGAGUAUGACAAUCACAUAUUUAUAUCUGAAGAGGCAGGAGAAUUCGGAGUAACUGCUGAGCGUCAAUUAGAACGGGAUCAAGAGCGCAAGAUAUUCGAACAAAUGAUUGGAAGCUAUCACAAGUCCCUGGACAACAUUUGCGCCGAUUAUGAGAAGGCAGUACGCUGCUUUUUGUUGGCACUGAACUCGCAUAACGAUCAUAAUUUACAGCUGUUCGGCAUACGUUUGGACUUUAAUGAAUAUUACAAAAAGCGUGAUCAACGCCUAUGUGUGCCGCUGACUUUCGAGCACAUGCGAAUGAGUAUUAUGUUCAAUGGGAAUAAGAGUUUGGCGGGAAGUCGAUAUUCGGCUGUGAAUUGACAUACGCCCCUUUCACUGUGGUGCAAUGCGGUCCAUUUAAGAGACUACUGCUUUAACAAUAAAAAUAUUCAAAAAAUAUCCAAAACCUAUUUGAAUUCCCCCACAUUCCCACCCAAAGCUCAUUCAGAGGAUUUGAAGAAAUAUGCCAAGAAAAGAAUUAAUAAGCAAUCUAACGAAAGCAUAAUGUUAAUUCAUCCGCUAAGGGACCAACAAAUAUUAGCAAAAAAAGAUUAUAUUAGAGAAGAUAUGUAUUGCAAUCAUCAGAGUGCCAAUGCAAUUUUGCCAUAUUAUUUAACUACAGGUACUUCAUUAGCAACUUCAAUACGUCCCAAAUUUAUAGUCGAGAAGGAUCGCUUUUAUAUGUCCUGCUGUGAAAUCUUGUAAAGAUAGUAUGCCACGGCAACAUCAGAUGAUUGUGGAACUUAUUUAAAUAUUUCUACGCAAAAGUUUUGAAACGUUAAAAACUGCAAUAUUUUAUCUGUGCAUGUGAUGGAAGGAAUGUUAUAGAAAAAUGUCGAUUGUAUUAAACCCUAGGCAUCAUAUUCGUUUAGUUGCCACAUUGCUAUUGUUGCUAUGUUCGGUAAUUUAUAAAAAAUGAAACCCAAAUUAAUGUGUAUUGGUAGAAAUUAUAUAUCACUUACUUUAUGGAAUUUCGAAGUUGUAAGACCUAAAUAUAAACAUAUUCGUAAUAGUUAUAA